CAUCCUUCCGAAGGUAAAAAUCUUGCGGUUAUCUUUGUGGGCAUAGUUUAUUUACACGCGGCUCCAUCAGCAUGUCUAUACGAGCAUGGCGAGACAAUAAACAUACAAUUCCAACAAGAAUGUAUCCCUCAGUCGCUGUUGGGAACAGAUGUCCUAUGUCAAGCAAAAUCAGGCAUGGGAAAGACAGCCGUUUUUGUACUUGCAACGUUACAACAAGUCGAACCUGCUCCCGGUGAAGUAUCGGUGAUUGUAUUAUGUCACACUCGGGAACUGGCAUUUCAGAUUCGAAACGAGUAUACUCGAUUCGCAAAAUAUAUGCCAGAAGUUAAAAUCGACGUGUUUUACGGAGGAACAUCCAUGAAGAGCGAUAUCGAUAAGUUUAAACAAAAGGAUAAAAUUCCGCAUAUCGUCGUCGGCACUCCUGGGAGAGUGUUGGCGAAAGGACGUAAGGGCAAGAGCGGAAAAAAGACUGGAAGCGGAAGCGCAUGCAGUGCUGAAGGUCAAAUGACAUGCGUAAGUCCAGGCAAAACUGGUGACUUUAACACUUGCGCUAAUGGCAAGCUCAUCACCCGAACAUGUGCAAGUGGCCUAGUCUGCAAGACUGCCGGUAACUCUAUUGCCUGCGAUUAUCCCUAA